CCUCAACGGAAGUGGCGUCAGUAAGGGCGGAAGCAGUGUGGCAGGGGUCGGAGCAGGGGUUCUGUCCUCGCUGGGCUGUCGCCCCCGUUGGGCUGCCACAAUGGAACUCAGCGCCGAGUACCUCCGGGAGAAGCUGCAGCGGGACCUGGAGGCGGAACACGUGGAAGUGGAGGACACGACUCCCAACCGUUGCGCGUCUAGCUUCCGAGUCCUCGUGGUGUCGGCAAAGUUCGAGGGGAAACCGCUGCUUCAGAGACACCGGCUUGUGAACACUUGCCUAGCAGAAGAGCUCCUGCACAUCCAUGCCUUUGAGCAGAAAACCCUGACUCCAGAGCAGUGGACCCGUGAACAGCAGAAAUAAGGGACCCGGACCUGCACCUCUAUUAAAUUAUGAGUCAGGCCCA